AUGCCCUGGGAGACCUUGGGUGCGCCGAGUGCCAUUUUCGAGCUCCCAGGAAACAAGGAAUGUGCGGACUGCAAAGCCUACGGUCCGAACUGGGCAUCAUGGAACCUGGGAAUCCUGGUUUGCACAACCUGUUCCGGAGUGCAUCGACACCUCGGAGUUCACAUCUCGAAGGUCAAGUCUGCUACCAUGGACAAAUGGAAGGAGGAUCAGGCCGUCCCGUGCCUCACCAUCGGCAACGAGCGCUCCAACGCCUACUACGAGUACAAUGUCCCGGCCGGUGCCAAGUACCUCUGCAAGUCGCAAGCCGCCGCAGGCGACAAGAUCGACCCGGUGGAGGCCCGGAAGAUGGAGCGCUGGAUCCGUGCGAAGUACGAGACGAAGAAGUAUGCGCAACCGGGUGUCGAUCCGCCACAUGUCCGUUUGGCUCGAGGUGAGUCGUUGACCGGCGGCGCUGAGACCCAGGCGAAGCAGGAGAAGACCGAAGAGGUGGAUGCGUCUCCUCUGAGCGAGAAGAGCGACCAGGAUAGAAAGGAGAAAAAAGAGAAGAAGGAGAAGAAGGACAGCAGGAAGGAAGUCAAGGAAGGGAAGAAGGACAAGAAGGACAAGAAGAAAAACGCAGAGGACUCGCCUUCCAAAAGCUCGCCAAAGAAAGAGAGCAAAGGCAAAAGCCACGAAGCCUUUGUGGAAGCGGAGGCCUCCUUCGCGGCUUUGGGAAGCUGGGCGGCAGAUGCUUCGGCCAGUGCCUCGCCGGAGCGGAAGGAGAGGAAGAAGAGUCGAAAGAAGCGGCUGGCUUCCUCCACAGCCGAGGACGCUGGAUUCAACACGGGUGAAGGUUCUCCGUUCUCUCCGUCUCCCGCGACAUCGCCGGAGCAUCAAGCGCAUCCUGAUGGAGCUUUCGGUGGAGCCGGCUAUGAUGCGCAGACCGCUGGCUAUCCCGGCUACGACGGCUACGACUUGGGACAAACCUCCCAAGGGUACUCCAAUGGCCAUACGGCAGCAUGGGCUGAUUCGGGCGUUUCCCAGAUGGAGCCUUCGCCGGAGGCCGCAGACACGUCCUCCGAGCGCCGCGCGGCGCUGCAGACCUUGGCAGGUCUCUUCGUGCAGCCGGAAAGCUUCGUCCCAGGAGGUGUAGAGCUCUGUGCUCCGCACGGCUUUGACCUCCAGGCCGCGGAGUUCAACCCUUUCGCGUUGGCUCGGCCACGCCAUGGGGCAGGGGCCGGGCCAGGGCCAGCAGCAGGCUGGUUGCAUCCAAGCGAACCAGGAGGCUUCGGCACAGCGGACAUCUCGGCCGCGUCAGGCUGGAACGGCUCUUUGCCGACGGCAAGGACGGCAGCCUAUGAAAGUGCUGAGAAGGACGGACGGGAGGAGAUCGAACGCCAGGAGAUCGAACGCCUUCAGGCGGAGCUGGGCAAUCUGCGCGAGAUGAUGGCCGAGCUGCGCAAGGACCAGCAGCAAGUCAAAGAACACCAGGAGACCCUGGGCACCACACUCUCCAGCCUCAAAGACAAAGACAGGGAGGACGAGGUCCUGGAGUGGUGGGAGGCUUCGCCAGGCCCGAGCCCGGCCUCGCGUCUGACGCGGCCGGAGCCGACGGAGGUAGCUGCAGGACCUUUGCAGAUUCACGGGCAAAUUGAGAAGAUCCUCACGUUGCUUCAACGGCAGCAAGAGCAGCAGCAAGUGCUCCUGCACUCGCAGCGGAAGUUGGAGAGCAAGCAGCUCUACACGCCAUCUCCGGCCAGCCCUGGAACUGCUGCUGACUUUACCUGGGCCACGCAGGCUGCGAGUGAGACCGCCAGUCCCAGUGUCCCUGAUGAGCCUCCUGGAGGCCCCUGGGAGAUUGAUGCCACUGCCUUUGGCGACUAUGCUGCUACCUUCGCACGGCUCGACUUCAACCAGGACGGCUUCGUCGAGGGCGCGGACGCACGAAGUCACUUCGACCACUCCGGGCUCCAGCCGGUGGAUCUUGCUCAGAUCUGGGCCCUGGCAGAUGCAGGCCGUGAUGGGCGCUUGUCCCUGGCAGAGUUUGCGGUGGCUGCCACACUUGUUGACCGCCGGAGCAAAGGUGCCGAGCUUCCACCGUUCCUGCCGCCAUCACUGUUUGGAAGCGCAUCGCAGCUGGCAGAGGUCUCCUGGGACGUGACGCCUGAAGAGCGUGAAGGCUUGCAGCAGCUCUUCCUUUCUGCGCCCCGGGACGGCGGGUUCCUGGCUGCAGCAGAUGCAGGCCAAAUUCUGGAGAGGUCACAGCUGCCACGCUCAGAGCUUUCGCAGAUAUGGAGCCUAUCUGAUGUGGACGGUGACGGGUGCCUCCGUUUCGGCGAGUUCAUGUGCGCGAUGACUCUGGCAGAGAGGCGUCGCCAGGGUGCCGCCCUGCCCUCCUUGCUACCUGCGGCUUUGCAGGCCGUGUCCCUGGAAGACCUGCCUUCCAUAGGGCCUCGAGUGGCGGGCGACGUGGGUGCGCAAGACCGUGGAGACCGGCGCCUGGAGGAGGAGAGCAUUGGACCCAUCAAGCCAGCAGGCUCGGAUGAUGCACUCUGGGAGCCUUCGGCCGAAGAGCUCGGCGACUACAAGCAGCUCUUCCUGCGCCUGGUGGGCGACGCAGACGCCCUCCUCGGAGCCCAGGGAGGUAAGGAGGUGCUGGAGCGCAGCGGUCUCCCUCUGACGGAGCUGGCAGCCAUUUGGUACCUGGCCGAUGUGGACGGAGAUGGCGAGCUGGCCUUGUGCGAGUUCGCCUGUGCCAUGCACCUCACAGCCAGGCGUCGUGCCGGCGCUGUCCUGCCGGAGGAGCUGCCUUCACCUUUGACAAGGCUGGUGGCGGGCGCGGUGCAGUUUCCAGAGAUUGCAAAUCCGCUUCCUGCGGAAGAUGACUCCAGAUGGGCGAUCGAUCCGGAGCUUCUCAACCAGUAUCGGCAGAUCUUUGACGGCAUUGAGCGUAAGCAUGCCGACUCGCUGAGCGCAGUGGAAGCGCAGGAGGUUCUGCAGCGGUCGAGGCUUCCGAACCAGGAGCUGGAGGCGAUCUGGCAGCUCAGUGACGUGGACCAGGACGGAGAGCUGUGCUUCGAAGAGUUCGCUUGUGCGAUCCAUCUGGCAUCCUUGAGGAGAGAGGGCGAAGAGCUUCCGUCCCAGCUGCCGCCAGCGCUGGCAGCGAGCCUCGCCAACAGCGCAGGCGGAGAUAGCACAGACAUUUGGUCCCUCGAUCCGGUGGAGCUGCAGCGGUACAGCGAGCUCUUCGCAUCCCUUCCCAGGCAGGGCGAUGUACUUGCUGCUGAAGAUGCCAAGGAGGUUUUGGAGCGUUCCGGACUUCCGACGGAAGAGCUGCGCCAGAUUUGGAGGCUCGCCGACCGCGACGGGGACGGCGCCCUAGAUGCAGGGGAGUUCGCCCUAGCAGCAGCCCUGGCAGAUCGCCGGCGCCAGGGCUACAGCCUGCCAGACGUCCUCCCUCCGGAAAUGCUGCAGGCCCUCGGCUUCGGAGGCGAGUCCGACUGGGCCAUGGCAGCCGAGGAUCUGCAAAGAUACCGCGACAUCUUUCAGGGCCUCCCUCUCCAACGAGAUGGUCACCUGAAAACUCGCGAUGCUUGGCAGGUCCUGGAACGUUCUGGGCUCCCGAAAGAGGAGCUGUCGGCAGUACUGCGCCUCGUUCGCGGUGACAAGGAUGGGGCGCUGACCUUCAGUCAGUUUGCGUGCUCACUGCAUCUUCUGGCCCGCCGCCGCGCCGGCGCACUCCUGCCCUCGUCACUCCCGGAGGAGCUUGCUGCGUUGAGGGACCGGAGCAGGCCCGUUCGCCGAGCAAAAGCGGGGCUCUGGCAACUCGGCCCGGGCUUGUGGUGCGACGCCUUUCCGCUGUAG